AUGGGGGAGGGGGAGGUCGCGGAGGAGAAGGGCGGGCCGCCCGACCUGUUGGAUGUUCCUGGCGGCGUCCUGUUGGAGGUCAAGAAGGAGGCCGUGAUGCUGCUGGGCGGCGGAUUGGGCGGGGAGCCUGCUCCCGUGUUGGGGGUUGGCGAUUUCGUUGCAGAAGGGGAUAGUUUGGAGGCAGCGAUUGAUGCCGAGAUGUGUACAGUAGCUCCCGUUGAUGCUGAGAUGAGUCCUAACCAUUUUGGUAUAAUUUUCAGAGCUAAUUGUGCAACCAUAGUCAUCCCCAGGGGUGCCACUUUUCAUACCAUAUAG